AUGGUGUGCUGGUUCUUUUUCGUUCUCCCGUUCCUGGCUUCUGGAAGCCCAUCCCUUCGAGGCGACGGUGGAAGCGUCUAUGUGGACUCUGUGCAAUGCACCGGCAGCGGCACGUUGCCCACGCAGCCUGUGUGCUUCAGCGGCAGCGUCUUGUUGGAGACCUUUGACAUUGAGGUGGUCAGCUAUGAUGGGAAGGUCGGAACUGUGAACCUGAAGGCCGAAGGCUCUCAGAGUGCGCAGUGUGAUGGCGCGCAGUUCGAGAAUCAGGAGAAUGCUAUCACCAUCGAGAAUGAUCAGGGCUGCGGUCUCAGCAAGUACGACUACACGGUGAGGUACUGCCCGGACCAGGACUCGCUGAUCGUGAACCUCAUGAAGCCCUUCAAUGUAAGGGUCGUGCUGAACAGCAAGUUGUGCCCUGCUGGGGAGGUUUGA